GGUGCAAGAAAACAAAUCGCGAGAGAGAGAGAGAGAGAUGGCCUCGUCGAUUGUCUCCUCUGCUGCCAUCGCGACCACCGCCGUCAACCGUGCCUCCCUGGUGCAGGCCAGCAUGGUGGUCCCAUUCACCGGCCUCAAGUCCGCCUUCCCCACCACCCGCAAGUCCGCCAACAUCACUUCCCUCGCCAACAACGGCAGCAGAGUCCAGUGCAUGCAGGUGUGGCCACCAAUUGGAAAGAAGAAGUUCGAGACUCUCUCCUACCUCCCACCCCUUUCCAGAGAGAAACUCCUCAGGGAAAUUGACUACCUCCUCCGCAUGAACUGGAUUCCUUGCUUGGAGUUCGAGCUCGAGAAGGGAUUCGUGUACCGCGACAACCACAAGUCCCCCGGGUACUACGACGGCCGGUACUGGACCAUGUGGAAGCUGCCCAUGUUCGGGUGCACCGACCCGUUGCAGGUGCUGAAGGAGCUCGACGAGGCCAUCAAGACGUACCCCAAGUCCUUCAUCAGGAUCAUCGGCUUCGACAACAGGCGUCAGGUGCAAUGCAUUAGCUUCAUCGCCUACAAGCCCCCGUCCUUCUAAGUUCGCCACGCUCCGAACCGUUGGAGCGACCCCCAUCCUCCGGAUUCGGUUUCAUUAGGG